GCGCAUGCGCGGCCAGUGUCCCGCGCGCUAUAAGUAGGUGUGCAGGACGGAGUCGCUCCCCAGCCCUCACCAUGAGCUCGUACAGCUACGAUCCCUAUUACGGCGCCUCCUAUAAGCGCAGGGUGGUGGAGAGCAGCCCUCGGUUGCACAUAAGGAGCAGCUAUGCGUCCCCAAGCCGGAGCAGCUACUCUCCCUCCAUCAGCAGUGUGCGCAGGAGUUACACCUCCUCCGCUUCGUCCGCUUCCACCCUCCUGCACGGAGCCGACUCUCUGGACCUGACCCAGGUGGCCGCCAUCAGCAGCGACCUGAAAAUCGUCCGCACCCAGGAGAAGGCGCAGCUGCAGGACCUCAAUGACCGCUUCGCCAGCUUCAUCGAGCGGGUGCACGAACUGGAGAAGCGCAACAAGGUGCUGGAGGCUGAGCUGCACCUCCUGCGCCAGAAGCACAGCGAACCGUCCCGGCUGCGGGACCUGUACGAGCGGGAGGUGCGGGAGCUCCGGCUGGCCCAUGAGGAAGCCACCGGGGACCGGCAGACCCUGCGUGGGGAGCGGGAGAGGCUGGAGGACGCGCUGCGGUCUCUGCAGGGGCGCUACGAAGAGGAGGCGAUGAACCGGGAGGACGCGGAGAGCCGGCUGCUGGACGUGCGCAAGGAGGCUGACAUGGCGGCGCUGGGGCGGGUCGAGCUGGAGAAGAGGAUGGACAGCCUGCUGGACGAGAUCGCCUUCCUGAAGAAGGUGCACGAAGAGGAGCUGGCCCAGCUGCAGUCCCAGGUGCAGUACGCUCAGAUCUCCCUGGAGGUCGACGUGGCCAAGCCGGACCUCAGCUCUGCCCUGCGCGACAUCCGGGCGCAGUACGAGAAGCUGGCGGCCAAGAACAUGCAGUCCGCGGAGGAGUGGUUCAAAUCCCGCUUCACCGUCCUGACGCAGAGCGCGGCGCGGAACACCGACGCGGUGCGGGCGGCCAAGGACGAGAUGUCGGAGAGCCGGAGGAUGCUCAAAGCCAAGGCGCUGGAGAUCGACGCCUGCCGGGGGGUCAACGAGGCUCUGGAGAGGCAGAUUCAAGAGUUGGAUGACAAGCAGAGCUCAGAGAUCGCACAAAUGCAGGAUGCCAUAAACAGAUUGGAAGAUGAGCUUAGGAAUACAAAGAGUGAAAUGGCAAGGUAUCUGAAAGAGUAUCAGGAUCUGCUCAAUGUCAAGAUGGCGCUGGAUAUAGAAAUUGCUGCAUACAGGAAGUUACUGGAAGGGGAAGAGACCAGACUGUGCUUUUCCGGUGUCGGGGCCAUCACCAGUGGAUACACACAAGCUGCCCCGGUGUUUGGGCGCUCAGCCUAUAGCCUGCAGAGCAGCUCCUACAUGUCCACUCGCUCAUUUCCUACCUACUACUCCAGAGAUGUCCAAGAAGAACAGCUUGAUGUAGAAGAGACCAUUAAGUCCACCAGGGCAGAAGAAGCAAAGGCAGAAGCCCCAGAGGAGAAAGAAGAGGCUGCAGAGGGCGAGGAGGGUGAAGGAGAAGGCGAAGAGGAAGGAGAAGAGGAGGCAGAGGGAGAAGAGGAGGAGGGAGAAGAAGAGGAAGGUAAAGAAGAAGAGGGUAAAGAAGAAGAAGAGGGUGAGGAAGCCGAGGAAGAGGGUGAGGAAGAAAAAGAAGAAGAAGCCGCAGAAGAAGAAAGUAAAGCUAAAAAAUAAGUUCCUUGCUGUUCAUGCCAAACACAUGAAUUAUUUCCCAGCUAAUAAAACCUUCUUGUCACUAACACACUCCAUAUCCCCAGUGACCCACAGAUCACAUCUAAUCCUACAGAUCACCCCCUAAUCACCUUUCUGUUUGUGUUGCCUUCAGUGUCUAGCGUUUGGACCCACCAAGCUUUAAGCAGGGUCCUAACCCCACCCUGGCCCGUCCUCCCCGGUUGAGCAUGGUUAACACAGGUGAGUCCAGGGCCCGGAGCUUCCAGUCUUUUCGCACUCAGUGCAGAGAACCUUAUGACAUCCAUAACAUGUCUUCCUCUUUUCAAACUC